ACAGAGCUGCCGCUCAUGGGGGAAGGGGCGGGGCCUUCGGAGGGGAGCGGCGGCGGGAUGUGGCUGCGGGGGGCGCGGGGGGCGCGAGGCCUGGCGGGGGGGAGCCGGGGGGACCACCUUGGAGCCCCCCACCCGGGCACCACCACCUACACCCACCAGAUGAGCUCAGACACCCCAGGAAGGGACAACAGCGGCGAGGGGGGCUCGGACCCCUCAGGGAGCGACCACCGGGCAGAGACCCCAGGGGAUGAGGGGUCCGAGACCCCCUUCUCCGCCCCCCCCCCCGACCUGGAGCCCCCCAGCAACUGCUGCAUGAGCGGCUGCGCCAACUGCGUGUGGAUCCAGCACGUGGAGCGGCUGCUGCGGCACUACGGGGACGGGGGCGAGCGGGCGCUGGAGGCCGUGGAGAGGCACGUGCAGGACGAGAGCAUCAAAAUGCUGCUGAGGACGGAGAUCAGGCUGCGCGCCAAGAAGGACUGAGCCCCAAAAACCCACCCCCCCGGGGGCUUUGUGGGGUCGGGGUUGGGUUUGUUCGGGGUGCCCAGGCACCGGGGGGUCCCCACAGGACGUCGGUGCCCGGGGCCUGGUGCUUCUGCUUCCCCGAGCCCUAUAGAUUUAUAUUUAUAUUUAUAUAUAAAAAAGUAAUAUAGAGAGAGA